AUGGCAUCUAUUACUUUUAGAACUCCAUUGUCCUCUCAGGAACAGGCCUUCUAUAAUCAGAAAUUCCACCAGUUGGAUUCUGAAGAUCUUGGGGUAGUUACUGGUGAGGCGGUGAGACCACUGUUCGCGUCUUCCGGGCUUCCAGGACAGAUACUGUCCCAAGUUUGGGCUAUGGUCGAUAUAGACAAUAAAGGAUUUUUGAACUUGAACGAAUUUUCAGCCGCUUUGAGAAUGAUUGCUCAGUUGCAACAGACUCCUAAUCAACCAAUAUCUAGCACUCUCUAUGAGAGUGCACCAGCUCAACUGGCUGCUCUUCCUAUAGGUCAAACCUCAACUCCAAUACAAAGCAAUAGCGAAACCGCCAAUACAAAUGCAACUGAGGUUCCGCCCUUAUCUGCUAAUGAUAUUGCUAAAUUUUCACAAUUGUUUGAUAGAACUGCAAAGGGUGCUCAAACUGUUGCAGGCGAUAAGGCUAAGGACAUAUUUUUGAAGGCCAGAUUACCAAACCAAACAUUAGGUGAGAUUUGGGCUCUUUGCGAUAGAGAUACUUCAGGUGUUUUGGACAAAUCUGAAUUCAUAAUGGCCAUGUAUUUAAUUCAACUUUCGAUGUCCCAUCAUCCAAGUAUGAUGCCACCACCGGCUGUAUUACCUACCCAAUUAUGGGAUUCUAUUCGUUUAGAACCAGCUGUUGCUAACCAACAAAAUAGAACUGCUCCUUUAAGUGCCAAUUCUACGGGCGUAUCCUCAUUAACAAGGCAUUCCACUAUAUCACGUUUAUCUACGGGUGCCUUCAAUAAUGCCGCUUCAGACUGGUCUUUGAGUUUUGAAAAAAAACAGCAAUUCGAUGCAAUGUUUGAUUCAUUAGACAAACAACAUGCUGGUUCAUUGAGUUCUGCUGUGUUGGUUCCCUUCUUUUUAUCAUCUAGAUUAAACCAGGAGACGUUGGCCACUAUCUGGGACUUAGCUGACAUCCACAACAAUGCUGAAUUCACCAAAUUAGAAUUUGCCAUUGCCAUGUUCUUAAUUCAGAAGAAAAAUGCGGGUGUCGAAUUACCAGACGUUAUUCCCAAUGAAUUAUUACAGUCUCCAGCUCUGGGACUUUAUCCACCAAAUCCACUUCCUCAACAACAAAGCGCACCUCAAAUUGCCAUCCCUUCCAGAGCAAGUAAACCAUCUUUACAGGACAUGCCACAUCAAAAAUCUGCUCCUGCUGUUAAUACUCAACCACCAGCUCCACAAGUUCUUCCUCAAAAUUCAAACAACGGCUCUUUGAACGAUUUACUGGCUCUAAACCCCUCAUUCAGCUCCCCUUCUCCUACAAAAACACAACCGAUAGUUCAAAACAACACAAAUAAUAGUUUUUCAUACGAUAGUAACAACGGUCAAGCUACAUUUCAACAACAAUCACAGCAGCCACCAACUUUAACCCACUCCUCUUCCGGGCUAAAAAAGUUUACUCCAACAUCAAACUUCGGACAGAGUAUAAUCCAGGAAGAGCCCGAGGAACAAGAUACACCAAAAGAAGUUCACGAAGUCUUCAGCACUCAACAACCACCCCCAGUUCCAAAGCAUGCUGCCAGUCCAGUUAAACGGGCAGCGUCUACAACAUUACCACAAGUUCCAAACUUCUCUGCAUUUAGCAUGCCAGCAAAUGCUGCCACUGGCGCAAUUUUAGGCACAGCGGCAGGUGCUGCUGCUCUAGGUGCGUCUGCUCUUUCAAGAUCUUCCAACAGUACUUUAAAGAAUCAGGAUUUAUAUGCAGAUGGCGAGGCUUCUGCUCAGCUAUCUAAUGCCACGACUGAAAUGGCCAAUCUAUCCAAUCAAGUGAACUCAUUGUCUAAGCAGGCAAGUAUUACCAAUGAUAAAAAAUCUAGAGCCACUCAGGAGUUAAAGCGUGUUACUGAGAUGAAAAAUUCUAUUCAAGUUAAGUUGAACAACUUACGUUCUACUCAUGACCAAAAUGUUAAACAAACAGAACAGCUGGAAGCACAAGUAAUUCAAGCCAAUAAAGAAAAUGAAACAUUGACACAACAGUUGGCUGUAUCGGAAGCAAAUUACCAUGCAGCUGAGUCCAAACUGAAUGAACUAACCAAUGAUCUGCAGGAAUCUCAAGCUAAGAAUGCCGAACUGAAAGAACAAAUAACAAACUUGAAUUCCAUGACGGCUUCUUUACAAUCACAAUUAAAUGAAAAACAACAGCACGUCAAGCAAGAAAGAUCAAUGGUGGAUGUGAAUUCUAAACAGCUAGAGUUGAGUCAAAUUACAGUAGUGAAUUUGCAAAAGGAGAUCGAAGGUCUUGGUGAAAAAAUAACUGUUUAUUUAACUAAGCAAAAGGAAUUGAAUGAUUAUCAAAAGACUGUUGAAGAGCAACAUGCGCAACUGCAGGCUAAAUACCAAGAGUUGUCUAACAAGGAUACUGAUUUAUCAGACCGUGAAAAGCAGCUAGAGGAACGUAACAAACAAAUUGAGGAACAAGAAGACCUUUACCAUCAGCACGUAUCCAAAUUGCAAGAAAUGUAUGAUGAUUUAUCUCAACGGAAGGCUUCUUUUGAUAAAGCUGAUCAAGAAUUGAAAGAGAGAAAUAUCGAGUAUGCCAAUAAUGUAAGAGAAUUAUCUGAAAGACAAAUGAAUUUAGCCAUGGGGCAACUACCAGAUGAUGUUGAAGAUGUUAUUGCAAGAUGUGCCUCUAAUACAGGUGCAACGACUAAGGAAGUCACACCAAAAGAGAAUGUUCACGAAGACACAAUAUCCAAAUUUGUAGACACCACUGUUGAGAAUUCUAAUUUAAAUACCAAUCGAAUCAAGGAUGAUGAAGAAAAAACAGAAAGAACUGAAAGUGACUUAUUUGAUAGAGACGUACCAACAUUAGGGUCUCAAAGCGAUAAUGAGAAUGCUAAUACCAAUGAUGGAACCGAAUUGGGCAGUGAGACCGCCAAUGCAAAUUUGACUGAAGCGUUAAGUGAUAGAUUUGAUGGCGAUUUGAAUGAAUAUGGCAUUCCAAGAAGUCAGUCAUUGACAUCGUCAGUUGCCAAUAAUGCACCUCAAUCCGUUAGAGAUGAUGUUGAGCUACCAGAAACACUAGAAGAACGUAGUAUUGUCAAUAAUUCUAUCAACAGAGAUAAAACUGGAAACUUAUCUCACAUUCCUGGUGAAUGGGAGGCUGCCCCAGCCACUGCUUCUACGGAUGUUUUGAGCAAUGAAACUACUGAAGUUAUUGAGAACGGAAGUACCGCUAGAAAAUCUGAUUCCAAUGAAGAUGGCGAUUCGGUUAAUUCUAUCCAAGAAUCCCCAAAACUCUCUUCUCAACAAAAAGCAAAGACGAUAAAUGAGGAGUUUCCACCAAUUCAAGAAUUACAUAUUGAUGAAAGUGAUUCGUCCUCUUCAGGUGACGACGAAUUCGAGGACACCAGGGAAAUUCCAUCUACAGCUGUUAAUACUGCUAGAACUGCGUAUAAUUCUCAGCCAACAUCAAUUUCGGCCGCGGCCACGAGUCAAGAUAUACAAACUUCGGCGCAAGAAAAUUCUCUUCCACAUGAUGAAAGUGGUUCUCAAAAAGCAAAUGCUAGCUCAACUCUACCCGUUAAGGACGAAUUCGAUGACGAAUUCGCCGGGUUAGAACAGGCGGCAGUAGAAGAAGAUAACGGUGCUGAAUCGGAAUCAGAAUUUGAGAAUGUUGCCAAUAGUGGAUCGAUGGAACAAUUUGAAACCAUAGAUCAUAAGGACCUUGAUGAUGAAUUACAAGCGAAUGCUUUUACAGGGACAUUAACGAGCUCCUCAAACUCAAAUAUUCCAAAUCAACAAGUGCAACAGGGGCAACAGCAAUCAACCGGUGAUCCUGCUCAAGUAAGCAACGAUGAGUGGGACGAAAUUUUUGCUGGAUUUGGCAAUUCCAAGGCUGAACUAUCCAACACAGUUGCUCCACAACAAGCGAUUCCAUUAAAGACAGAUCACACUAUUGCUACUGAUCUACAACACAACCCAAUUGUUAACCGCGGGGUUGCAACCACUCCAAAGUCCUUAGCCAUUGAAGAGUUAAGCGGUAUGGGGUUCACAGAGGAAGAAGCACACAGUGCCCUAGAAAAAUGUAAUUGGGAUUUGGAAGCCGCUACCAAUUUUCUAUUGGAUAGCGCUUAG